UUGAAUGAAAGAAAUGGAUCCUUUGCUACUUACUGCACUAACCAGUUGACCCAAACACGCAGGCAGCCCAGCUACCAUCGUAAAUCCAUCUUCUAUCAUCACUUUCCGAUUCCGAUUCCGAUGGAAGACUUCCCGGAGGACCUCCGCACGCCGCCCGUCGCUUUAGCCUGUGUCGUCGGCUGUCCGGAGGUGCACUCCCUCAUUACCCCCUACCUCCACUCGCAGCAGCCCCCAAUCAACACCCUCGCCCUCCCCGAUUUCUCUAAGAUCUCCCUCAUCCCCCCUAAGAAACCUCCUCCAGAGAACCCCCAACCCCCGCCCGGCAUCAUCCGGAAAGAUUGGAUUUCCAAGCACCGCACCAGGAUCCCCGCUGUUGUUGCCGCCCUAUUUAGCUCCACCGAUGUCUCCGGCGAUCCCGCUCAGUGGCUCCAGGUCUGCAACGAUCUCGAAAAUCUCAAGGCAACGAUACGUGGUAGGAACAUUAAAUUGGUGGUGGUGGUGGUUACUUUAUCAGCUCACAAAGAUGACACAAGUGAAGACCGCAUGAUUGCCUUGAGGAAACGUGCAGAAGUGGAGUCAAAGAACCUGAUUGUUUUUAUACAAGAUGAUCAGUUGGAGCUUAAACAAUCUUUAACUAGGCUCUGGACUGCAUUUUCAGAUCUUGCAAACAUAUAUUACCGAGAUGAAGGGAGAAGAAUAAAAACACGCCUUGAAAAGAAAAGCUUUAGCUCAAUGGAAUUGAAUGUUCGCUACUGUUUCAAAGUUGCCGUAUAUGCAGAAUUUCGAGCAGACUGGCUUGAAGCUCUAAAGUUCUAUGAGGAUGCGUAUCAUGCACUUCGAGAGAUGGUUGGGGCAUCGACUAGAAUGCCUCCCAUUCAGAGACUGGUUGAGAUCAAGACAAUUGCUGAACAAUUACAUUUAAAAAUGUCAACAUUAUCACUUCACGGUGGUAAGGUUGUAGAAGCAAUUGCAUGGUUCCGCCAGCACACAGCUAAUUAUAGAAAACUUGUUGGGGUUCCAGAUGUUAGUUUUCUUCACUGGGAAUGGUUAAGUCGACAAUAUUUGGUAUUUGCUCAAUUGUUGGAGACAAGCUCCACCAACACUACGCAGGUUCCUAGUAAUACAUCAAUCACAGCAGACAAACCAACUGAAUGGGAAUUUCAUCCUGCUUACUAUUAUCAGUUGGCUGCUAGCUACUUAAAGGAAAAAAAUGCAUGUUUGGAAUUUUCUUUAACCAUGUCAGAAGAUCUUGGUUCAAGUGAUGGGAUAGCAGAAUCUGUUUCUGCUUCUACUUAUCUUGGUCAGUUUUGUAGGCUGCUCGAGCGUGAUGACAAUUAUAUCAUGCAACCGUUGACAGAUGAUGAAUUUGUCCGUUAUAUCCUUGCUGAAGGGAAGAGAUUCCAGGAUUCUUUUGAAAUUAUUGCUCUCCUGAAGAAAUCUUUUGAAGCUUACACUAACUUAAAGGCUGAGAGGACAGCGGCUUAUUGUGGAUUUCAGAUGGCUGGAGAAUAUUUUGCAGUAAAUGAAUUCAGUAAUGCGAAGCAAAUAUUUGACAAUGUUGCCAGUCUUUAUAGACGGGAAGGGUGGGUAUUGUCAUUGUGGGAAGUGUUGGGCUACUUGCGGGAGUGCUCAAGGGCAAUUAGUUCAGCUAAAGACUUCAUAGAAUAUUCUCUUGAAAUGGCUGCAUUACCAAUUACAAUUGGUGAUGAGGCCUUGUCAAAAAAUUGUGGUCCAGCAGGGCCAGCAACUCUCUUACAAAGAACAAAGAUACAGAAGGAAGCCUUUGAGGUUGCAAGGGGAGAUUCAAAGGAUAACUCGAACGAACAGUUCAGUGAUCUCAAAGUAAACAGUGAUUAUCCUCUGUAUCUUGAGAUAGAUCUUGUCAGUCCCUUAAGGGCAGUACUUCUUACUUUGGUUGCUUUUCACCAACCAAUGGUUAAGCCUGGUGCACCAGCUCUCAUAACCAUAGCACUUAGAUCCCAACUGCCUACAAAUGUGGAGAUUGAUCAAUUGGAGGUGCAGUUUAACCAAUCAGAGUGCAAUUUUAUCAUUGGAAAUGGUGAGAAGCCACAUGUUGCUGCAGCCUACAAUAUACAACCUGGUCGCAGAGUUGAGACUGCUCCAGCUCUGGUGCUUGCCACUAAUAAAUGGCUGCGAUUGACAUAUGAAAUAAGAUCUGAUCAAAGUGGGAAGCUUGAAUGCAUAUAUGUAAUCUCAAGAAUAGGACCACACUUCACAAUAUGUUGCAGAGCUGAAAGUCCUGCUUCAAUGAAUGAUCUACCACUUUGGAAAUUUGAAAAUGUGGUGGAAACUAUUCCCACCAAGGAUCCUAGUCUGGCAUUUUCUGGGCAGAAGGCCAUACAGGUUGAAGAACCUGAUCCACAGGUAGAUCUAAUCUUAGGUUCUAGUGGCCCUGCAUUGGUUGGAGAAAGCUUUAUUUUACCCGUCACUAUUGCCUCCAAAGGGCAUGCAGUACAUUCUGGUGAGUUAAAGAUUAAUUUAGUGGAUACUAGAGGUGGUGGCCUGCUUAGUCCGAGGGAGGAGGAACCAUUCUCAGCUGACAAUCUCCAUGUUGAGCUUGUUGAGAUAUCUUGUCCAGUACCUGAAAAUCCAUCUGAAGCUUCUUCUGACAACAUUCAGAAAAUUCAGCCGUCUUUUGGAUUGAUCUCUGUUCCAUCUCUGGAGGUGGGUGACUCAUGGUCUUGCAAUCUCAAAAUUAAGUGGAAUCGCCCUAAACCUAUAAUGCUUUAUAUCUCAUUGGGCUACUAUCCUGAGAAGGGGGAGUCUAGUUUGCAAAAAGUGCAUGUACACCAAAGCCUUCAGAUUGAAGGAAAAACUGCUAUUACUAUCAAUCAUCGAUUCAUGCUUCCGUUUCGGCGGGAUCCACUCUUGCCAUCCAAAAUUAACUCGGUUUCUGAAGCAGAUCAGCUGCCAUCACUAGCUUUGAAUGAGUUAAGUGUGCUGGUAGUCAGUGCUAAGAAUUGUUCGGAAGUUCCACUACGGCUCCUGUCUAUGUCUAUUGAGAAGGAGAAUGACGAUGCAUGCGACAUACACCCUCAGCAUGAGGCGUUGAGCGAAACUGCUGUUCAUGUGCCAGGAGAAGAGUUUAAGAAGGUUUUUACAGUCAUCCCCAGGUUAAGUUGCGGUAAACUCAAGAUUGGCACGGUUAUUCUGAGAUGGCAGAGGGAUUCAAGAUCAAAGGAGGAGAAGUUUGUCUCAUCUGGCACUGUUACUGCAGCCGAAAUUACGAAAUACAGACUUCCGGAUGUAACCGUUGAGCUACCUCUUCUGGUUGUAAGUUUGGAAUGCCCUCCGCAUGCUGUUCUUGGAAAUCCCUUCACGUUUCAGGUGAAAAUCAACAACCAGACAGAGCUGCUUCAGGAGAUCAAAUUCUCAUUAGCUGAUUCACAGAGCUUUGUGUCGUCUGGGCCAAACAGUGAUACGACCUUUGUCCUGCCCCGGUCGGAACAUGUGCUGAGUUACAUGCUGGUACCCCUGGGAUUAGGUUCUCUGCAGCUUCCUAGAGUCUCCGUGACAUCAGUGAGAUACUCUGCGGGUUUACAAGCCUCUAAUGCUUCGUCCAUUGUGUUUGUAUAUCCCUCCAAGCCUCGGUCAGCAAGUUGUAUAGCUUGAGGGAUAUGAAUGAAAUUUACUCGACAGCCACAGCAGCAGUAGUAGUUUUGCUACUUAUUUUUGUUUUAUUUUGUUUUCGGUUUGGGGGGUUUUUCUGGUGAAAAUACUUGUUCAGAGUGAGGUAAAAUCUACAUUUACUGCAGCAUUGAUAUGAUAUAUGUCUUAAGAGAAUUUAGAGUUAUUGUAUUCUCCUUCAGAAAGGAUCUUGACAAAGUGGUUCGAUUUUAAUGAUUAAUCUCACUUCUUAGUA